AUGAAAACUGAAUCAAGUACUACAACAUUAGAAGGAUUAAAUAAAAAACCAUCAUUUGGAUUAUAUUUAAAGAAAUCAAUAAUACCAAUCGUUAUUCUUCUCAGUAUUUUUAUCAUUUCUACAAAGGUAUUAGAUUUUCUCCUUGCUCUUCAAAAAGGCAAUAAUGAUUUAUGUCAGAGUCAAUUUUGUAUUAAAGCAGCUAAUCAUCUCAUCAACAGUAUUGAUCAAUCAGUUGAUCCAUGUGACAAUUUUUAUCAAUUUACUUGUGGAAAAUGGCUCAAAAAUAAUAGAACAUCUGAGGAUGAAGAUAAAUGGAAAUUUCCUGGUAUAAUACUUGAUGAAAAUAUUAUUGAUUUACUAUCGACAAAUGAAACAGUUAAACUUCAAUCUGUAAUGAAUGCUCGUAUUUUAUAUAGUUCAUGUAUUAAUGAAACAAAUAUUGAAAAAGAAGGAAUUGAUCCUAUUUUAUCAUUAAUUAAUACUCAGUUUGGUGGUUGGCCUAUAUUACAAGGUUCAUCAUGGAAAAGUUCAACAUUUAAUUUAACAAAUCUAUUACUUAAACUUCAUCAAUACAAUUAUAAUUUUAUUUUCUCGAUAUCUAGUGAAGUUGAUGAGAAAAAUUCAUCAGCAACUACUAUUUUUAUUGGUCAAGGUAGUCUUGGAUUAUCACAACGUCAAUAUUAUGCAAAGGAAACUAAUAUUACAAUUGCUUAUCGACAAUUUAUGUAUAGUGUAGCCAAAGCAUUAACAAAUGAUACUUUAAUGAUCGAUCAAGAUAUAAAAGAAAUAUUCGAUUUUGAAAAGAAUAUUUCAAAAUAUCAUUGGACUUAUGAUGAACAACAAGCUCGAUAUAAUAAAACAAUUCGAACAACAAUUUCUGAUCUUUCUCGUACAUUAAAAACUAGUUUUGAUUUUACUACUUAUAUUCGUCACCUAUAUUUGUUUGGCAAUGUAAUUCUAAAUGAAUUCGAUCUUGUAACAAUAAAAGAAUUAGAUUUUUUGAUUAAUGUUGUAUCUAUUAUGAAUAAAACUUCAUCACGUAUUAUUCAAAAUUAUUUUAUAUGGCGUUUUCUAAUGAAUCAAUCAGAAUAUAUGCCAAAAUAUAUUCGUAAUAUUAAAGAACAGUUUCAUCAAGUUUUUCAAGAUACUUAUGUUGAAGAAUUAAGAACAGUAAAAUGUGCUGUUUAUGUUAAUAAACAUAUGGGUUUAGUAGUUUCAAAACUUUAUAUAAAAAAAAAAUUUAUUGAAGAAAAUGCUCGUAAUCAGUCGUUAAAAAUGAUUGAAAAUAUUCGAAAUUCGUUUAUGAGUCUUAUCAAUCAAUCUUAUUGGAUGGAUGAUACAUCAAAAAUGAAAGCAAUAGAAAAAGUUAAAGCCAUGGAUAAAAAAAUUGCUUAUCCUGAUUAUUUAGCUAGUGAUAAUAAUACAAAACUUGAAAAUGAUUAUUCGUUGUAUGUUUUCAAUACAUCUUAUAUUUAUAAUACUUUCAAAAUUCAUCAAAUGAAAGCUAUAGAAAACUUUCAAUUUCUUCGAAAACCUGUUGUUAGAAAAGCAUGGCCAUCUAUUUCACCAACUAUUAUUAAUGCAUAUUAUGAUCUCUCUGAAAAUCAAAUUAUUAUUCCGGCUGGUAUUCUUCAAAUGCCAUUCUUUCAUAAAGAUGCUCCAAAAUAUCUUAAUUAUGGUGGCAUUGGGAUGAUUAUUGGACAUGAGAUUACACAUGGAUUUGAUAAUACGGGUCGUCAAUUUGAUAAAGAUGGAAAUCGAAUACCUUGGUGGACAAAUGAAACAAUUGAAAAAUUCAAUGAACGUAAACAAUGUUUUAUUGAACAAUACAGUAACUUUAGUAUAUCAGAAGUUAAUAUGAAUAGCAAUGGUAAUCAAACACAAGAUGAAGAUAUUGCUGAUAACGGUGGACUUAAAGCUGCUUUUUAUGCAUAUCAAAAUUGGAUUAAAAAUAAUGUAAAUAUUGACAAAAAAUUACCAGGUUUAACACAAUAUUCAAAUGAACAAAUGUUUUUCAUCCAUUUUGGUUAUACUUGGUGUACUAGGUUAAGUGUAUCACAUAUAUUCAAUAGGCUUAUAACUGAUGUUCAUUCGCUUGCACAUUUUAGAGUAAUUGGUUCUACAUCAAAUUUUGAUGAGUUUGAUCAAGUAUUUGGUUGUAAGCCAGGCCAAAGAAAUAGUCGAGUGAAAAAAUGUAUUGCUUGGUAG